AUCUGGGUCAAAGGUCAGGAGCUCUGAAACAAGAUGGCGGCCGCUAUGAUUUGGAGGAGAGCAGCUUUUUUCGGCUCAGAGAGAACUUCUGUCGGCAGGUCCUGGUUCCACAGUGCAGCCGUUCUACCUCAGCAGUCUGGUUCUCCUCCUCCUCAGUCGGCGUUCUUCCCGCCGGCCGAAGGCGUGAUGCUGCCGACAGGAAGUUUCAACAACAGAGUGGCAUUCAUCACAGGAGGGGGGACGGGACUGGGCCGAGCCAUGACCACUGCCCUGUCACAGCUGGGAGCUCAAUGUGUCAUCGCCAGCAGGAAGUUGGACGUCUUGCAGAAAACAGCCGAGGAGAUCAGCAGCCAGACCGGAAACAAGGUCCAUGUGGUCCAGUGUGAUGUCAGAGACCCUCAGGCUGUCUCUCACUGUGUGGACCAGGUGGAAACACUGACCGGACUUCCUGAUGUGAUAAUCAACAACGCGGCGGGAAACUUUGUCUGUCCAUCGGAGCGUCUGUCUCCAAACGGCUGGAAAAGUAUAACUGACAUCGUCCUGAACGGGACCGCCUUCAUCACCCUGGAGCUGGGCAAGAGACUGAUCCAGAGGCAGAAAGGUGCAUCUUUCCUGGCCAUCACCACCAUCUAUGCUGAGUCUGGUUCUGGUUUCGUGGUCCCGAGUGCGUCGGCGAAGGCUGGAGUCGAGGCUCUCUACAAAUCUCUGGCUGCAGAGUGGGGGCGCUACGGCCACAGGUUCAACAUAAUCCAACCUGGACCAAUCAAAACCAAGGGGGCGUUCAGCCGCCUGGACCCAACCGGAUCCUUUGAGAAGGCGAUGAUCGGUCGGAUCCCGACAGGUCGACUCGGAAGACCAGAAGAAAUCGCAAACCUGGCGGCAUACAUGAGCAGCAACUACGCUACCUGGAUGUCUGGAGCUGUGAUCCGGUUGGAUGGAGGAGAAUAUGUGUCGAUGGCCGGAGAGUUUAACGAGCUGCGGAGGGUGACUCCAGAUCAGUGGAACAUGAUGGAGCAGAUGAUCAGAAGCACUAAAGGAUCCUAAAAGCAUUCCUCAUUGGACCACAACAGCCAAUCAGAGUUCAGGUGGACCCACCCACCUGUUGAUGUGAUGAUGAUGAGAGAAUGCGACUGACGAUUGAUCGGUGACUAUUGAUACAGAGCUUCACUGUUAGGAUAUAGUCAUGUGACUGACUGAACAUGCUCAGUGUGAGCACAGUCUGAAUCCGCAGACUGAAUGUUGAUACAAGGUUUCUGUUUCUGUUUACGUCCAGUCUGGUUGUUGUUGUUGUCAUUAAAACGAAAAGUUCUGAGGCA